UCUAUACAUAGAGGGUGACGUCACUACGUUAUUGCAAUGCCCCAUUGUGUACACACCGGUCUUACUGACAAUAACGUAGUGACGUCAACAUCUAUGUAUAGAAUGUUACCGCCCGGCCACAUCCGUAAUCAUCCGGUCGCCUCCGCUUACGUGAAUUAAUUCUAUAUAUGGAUAUAGCCGCCCAGCAUCAGCAGCUAUUUACCCAUGACUCAAGAAGCAUCUCAUUAUAGCAUACUUUGACCGUCGUCACAGGUAUUGUAGUGACUUCCACACUGUUGAUCGAGAGAUGUUGACAAAUGCAAACCACUGCGGCGAUCGAGAGAUAUCAGCAUCAAAUGACAUCUGCUGUGAAAUUCCAGACAAAUUGACAUCACAUGACAGUUUUUAUAGCAAAGAUGAUGGGCAGUUCUGGUGCGACACCUGCGGGCGUGGUCUGCAAGACCUGAUUAGCUUGAGACAGCAUGUUGCACAGCACAUUGUUGAUUCCAUCAGAGACAAAAAUGAAACCUAUGCUAGCCAAUCGUUACAUGCAGUCCUUUCGAGUAACCAGGAACCUGUUACAGAUGGAAAUGUGAGGACAGAAUUAGAAGACUCUACUCUAGGGGCUCCCGAUUGUGCAGAGACUGCUGGUGGUCUGUACACAUGCUCAGUAUGCAAGGCAGAGUUCUCAGAGGUGCAGGGAUUCAGGAGACACCAAAGUGUACACAAUGCAACAGGCAUUACAUCUCCAAGUCAAAAUAGGCUUCAGUACAAUGAGGGGUUCAUUUCGUCAAGUACUAAUCAUGCAAGGAUUUGUAGUAAAGAGCGACCACAUAUUUGCAACGUAUGUGGAAAGGGCUUUUUUACCAUAAAGACACUCAAGCAGCACAUGAGUUUUCACACGGGAGAGCUGCCCUUCAGUUGCAGUGUUUGUGGAAAGGGCUUUGUCACCAAAGGCCAACUCAAGUUGCACAUGAGGAGUCACACAGGAGAGCGGCCCUACAGUUGCAGCGUUUGUGGAAAGGGCUUUUAUGCCAAAAACACACUCAAGCAGCACAUGAGUAUUCACACGGGAGAGCGGCCCUUCAGUUGCAGUGUUUGUGGAAAGGGCUUUGUCACCAAAGGCCAACUCAAGUUGCACAUGAGGAGUCACACAGGAGAGCGGCCCUACAGUUGCAGCGUUUGUGGAAAGGGCUUUUAUGCCAAAAACACACUCAAGCAGCACAUGAGUAUUCACACGGGAGAGCGGCCCUUCAGUUGCAGUGUUUGUGGAAAGGGCUUUGUCACCAAAGGCCAACUCAAGUUGCACAUGAGGAUUCAUACAGGAGACGGGCAACACAGUUGCAGUGUUCGUGCAUAUCAGUGCAGCGUAUGUGGAAAAGACUUUGAUAAAGCCUACAAGCUCAAAAGGCAUAUGAAUAUUCACACGGGAGAGUGGCCUCACAGUUGCAGUGUUUGCGGAAAGGGUUUUCUCUGCAAAUCAUACCUCACUAAUCAUAAGAGGAUUCACACAGGAGAGUUGCCUUACAGUUGCAGUGUUUGCGGAAAGGAGUUUUCCUGCAAAUCAUACCUCACUAAGCAUAUGAGGAUUCACACAGGAGAGUUGCCUUACAGUUGCAGUGUUUGCGGAAAGGACUUUUUCUGCAAAUCAUACCUCACUAAUCAUAUGAGGAUUCACACAGGAGAGUUGCCUUACAGUUGCAGUGUUUGCGGAAAGGAGUUUUUCUUCAAAUCAUACCUCACUAAUCAUAUGAGGAUUCACACAGGAGAGCGGCCUCACAGUUGCAGUGUUUGUGGAAAGAGGUUUGUCUACAAAUCAAACCUCAGUCAGCAUAUGAGGAUUCACACAGGAGAGCGGCCUCACAGUUGCAGUGUUUGUGGAAAGAGGUUUGUCUACAAAUCAUACCUCAGUCAGCAUAUGAGAAUUCACACAGGAGUGGGGCCUCACAGUUGCAGUGUUUGUGGAAAGAGGUUUGUCUGCAAAUCAUACCUCAGUCAGCAUAUGAGAAUUCACGCAGGAGAGGGGCCACACUGUUGCAGUGUUUGCGGAAAGAGGUUUGUCUACAAAUCAUACCUCAGUCAGCAUAUGAUGAUUCACACAGGAGAGGGGCCUCCCAGUUGCAGUGUUUGUGGAAAGAGGUUUGUCUACAAAUCAUACCUCAGUCAGCAUAUGAGGAUUCACACAGGAGUGGGGCCUCACAGUUGCAGUGUUUGCGGAAAGGAGUUUUUCUUCAAAUCAUACCUCACUAAUCAUAUGAGGAUUCACACAGGAGAGCGGCCUCACAGUUGCAGUGUUUGUGGAAAGUGGUUUGUCUACAAAUCAUACCUCAGUCAGCAUAUGAGGAUUCACACAGGAAAGGGGCCUCACAGUUGCAGUGUUUGUGGAAAGAGGUUUGUCUUCAAAUCAUACCUCACUAAGCAUAUGAGUAUUCACACAAGAGAACGGCCUCACAGUUGCAGUGUGUGUGGAAAGAGCUUUGUCAGCAAAUGCAAACUCAAGCAUCACAUGCAAUGCCAUACCGACGAAAAACCUUACCAAUGUUCCCAGUGCGGAUUGAAGUACAGCCUAAAAGGACUUUUAUAUAGACAUUUACGCUAUAGCCACACUGAGGAAGGCAGAUAUGAGUGUCUUGUCUGCAAGAAAAAAUGUGAGAAUUCUGUAUCAUUAAUCGCUCAUAAAAUCUAUCAUCAUGGUGGAGAUAAUAACUAAUGCAUGCUGUGCACAGUUUAAAAUAAAUUUGUAAUCACUAA